AUGUUGCAGGAGACUUUGGAAAAAUGUACUAAAGAAGCUGAAUUCAAGCCAAUUCUCUUUGCAUUAUGCUACUUCCAUGCUGUGGUGACAGAACGAAACAAAUUUGGCGCUCAAGGGUGGAACCGAACAUAUCCUUUCAAUACUGGAGAUCUACGUAUUUGCCUCGAUGUCUUGUACAAUUAUUUGGAGGCCAAUGCCAAGGUACCCUGGGAAGAUCUAAGGUAUCUUUUUGGAGAAAUCAUGUACGGUGGGCACAUAACAGAUGAUUGGGACCGAAGAUUGUGUCGUACAUUUUUGGAGGAAUAUCUUCAGCCGGAUCUCGUUGAUGGUGAUCUUCUUUUGGCACCAGGAUUUCUUGUUCCUCCCAACCUAGACUUCAUUGGCUAUCACGCGUAUAUUGACUCAAAUCUUCCUCCGGAAUCGCCUCAUCUCUAUGGUCUUCAUCCAAAUGCAGAAAUUGAAUUCUUGACGAAAGCAGCGGAACGCGUAUUUCGUAUUGUGUUGGAGCUACAACCUCGGGAUCCCGGGGCGCAGCGAGAUGACUCGUGUAGUCGAGAAGAACAACUUGCCCAGAUUCUGGAAGAUCUGCUUGAAAAAGUUCCCGAAUGCUUCAAUCUUGUCGAACUGGGUGCAAAACAAGCACCUGAAGAAAGAAGUCCAUACACUGUUAUUGUGUUGCAGGAAUGUGAGAGAAUGAAUGUACUCAUAGUUGAGUUGGUUCGUUCACUCAAGGAACUCAAAUUGGGUCUAAAAGGUGAAUUAACGAUAUCAGCAGACAUGGAAAGCCUGGAGAAUUCGUUAUUCUUGGAUCAGGUAAUUCUAAAAACCUUAUCUUGGAGCUAG